AUGUUUAUGAUGUAUUUAUACAUUCUAAGCGCAUUAGUUAACGAUUUAGAGUAAAUAAUUUAAAAUAAAAUUUCUAAAGUUAACUUAUAAUUAAAUAGAAUGAUUUAAGAGCCCUAAAUUAAUCCAUAGAUGGGACCAAUAAUUGCAAAACAAUUGCAAAAUAUUAUUAAAUAACCUAUUGAUGGUGUUCAUGUGAUGUUCAACGAACAAGAUGUUUUUGAUAUUUAAGCUGAUAUCGAAGGUCCAGUUGAUACUCCGUUUUAAGGAGGAGUUUUCAGAUGUAAAUUAAUUUUGCCACCUUAGUUCCCAUAAGUUGCACCAAAAGGCUUGUUUAAUACUAAAAUAUUUCAUCCAAAUGUAUCUGAAAAGGGGGAGAUAUGUGUUAAUACAUUAAAAAAGGAUUGGAAUCCUCUUUAAUGGUCGUUAAAGAAUAUUUUUGAGGUGAUUAAAUGCUUAUUAAUUGUUCCAUUCCCUGAGAGCUCUCUAAAUGAAGAAGCAGGCAAACUCUUCAUGGAAAACUAUGAUGAAUAUUUUAAAAGAGCAAAAUUACUUACAAGCAUCUACGCUAUAAAAUAAGAUGGAAAUGUCUUAAAAGGAAAUAAUUAAAAUGUUAAUGAUGAUCUAGAUAAGAAAAAUAAAUUGGCUCAAACCCAAUAAAAAAAAGAAAACGAUUAAAAGAAAUGGCUGAAAAGAAUUUGA